UGUGAGCUUAGUCCUCAUACUUCCAAUGGCGACCGAAAACUGGCUGAAAAGAAAGCGGGAGCAAUCGUCGAGAGGUACGAAGCGUACAAUCGACAUUGAAUGAUUAUUUAAUUGACAAACUACACAUAAAGUUCGCAUCCACAUAUCGUAUCAAUUGAGAUAUGGCCAAUACUGCAGCCAGAAAUGGGAGUAUUUCACCCCUUGAAUCGGAGUUGUACUACUUGAUAUCGCGCUUUUUGAGCACGGGGCCGUGUCGGAAAGCGGCCGAGGCACUUGUGUGUGAGCUGGAAGAAAAUCAGCUCCUUCCACAUCGAUUGGAUUGGGAAGGAAAGAAGCACCCACGAUCUUAUAAAGAUUUGGUUGCUGCCAACAGACAUAUUGCCCCAGACCACUUGCUGCAGAUAUGCAAGCAGAUUGGGCCGAUCCUAGACCGAGAGGUUCCGUCUGGUGUGCUGGGAGUGCACACUCUACUGGGGGCUGGGAAACACUCUUUAUUGCGAACAUCAAAAGACUGUGGUAGUAGUAGAUGGAAAGCUUCGACUUUCGCAGCCCUUCACAGAGGGAGACCACCAGAGAGCCCUUUAAGCUACAGGGAUGCCCCAAGUAUAGUGGAGGUGUGCCGAGGCAGAGAGCUCACCGGAGUUCAGAGCUUCAGUUCUGUGAACCCUGUCAGCAAUUAUCAGCACAUGAGGAUGCACAGGAGGAUUCUGGGCCAUCUCUCUGCCGUGUACUGUAUCGCCUUUGAUCGGACAGGUUCCAGGAUAUUUACGGGUUCCGAUGAUGCCUUGGUGAAGAUCUGGUCCUCUUUUGAUGGAAGGCUUCACUCCACUCUCAGAGGACAUCAUGCUGAGAUUUCAGACCUUGCCGUUAACUUUGAAAAUACCCUUAUCGCGGCCGGUAGCUGCGACAAAACCAUUAGAGUCUGGUGCCUUCGUACCUGUGCCCCAGUGGCAGUCCUGCAGGGCCACAGUGGAUCUAUUACCUCUUUACAGUUCUCUCCAUUUCUCAAGGGCUCCAAACGGUACAUGGUCUCCACUGGAACUGAUGCAACAGUGUGUUUCUGGCAGUGGGAUGUGAAUAAUAACAGUUUCAGUGAUCGUAUGCACAAAUUCACCGAGAGGCCGAGACCGGGUGUUCAGAUGGUCUGCUCGUCCUUUAGCCCUGGUGGCAUGUUUCUUGCAACAGGAAGCACUGAUGAUGUCAUAAGGAUAUACUACCUGGGCAGUGGCAGUCCAGAAAAACUAGCUGAGCUUAACUCUCACACAGACAAGGUGGACAGUAUCCAGUUCUGCCAUUCAGGAGAGAGGUUUGUGAGUGGCAGUCGAGAUGGCACUGCUCGUAUAUGGCGUCUGGAUCAGAGACAUCAGUGGAACAGUAUUUUAUUGGACAUGUCUGCCACUCUUCCAGGAUCUGCACCUUUAAUAGAGGAUGGAAGUUUCUUUAAACCCAAAGUCACCAUGGUUUCCUGGGAUCGCCAUGACAGCACAGUCAUUACGGCUGUCAACAAUCAUCUCCUCAAAGUGUGGAAUUCCUUCACAGGGCAGUUGCUACACAUUUUAAAAGGUCAUGAGGCGGAGGUGUUUGUUUUGGAGCCACACCCCUAUGACCCUCGGGUCAUGCUUUCUGCUGGCCAUGAUGGAAAUGUCUUCAUAUGGGACCUCAUUAGAGGCACCAAAACUCUGCACUACUUUAACAUGAUUGAAGGUCAAGGACAUGGUGCUGUGUUCGACUGCAAGUUCACGCCUGAUGGUCUUCGCUUUGCCUGCACAGACUCUCAUGGACAUCUGGUUAUUUUUGGCUUUGGAAGCUCCAAACCUUAUGAAAAGCUUCCAGACCAGGUCUUCUUCCACACAGACUACCGGCCGCUGAUCCGGGACUCAAACGGGUUUGUUCUGGAUGAGCAGACUCAGCAGGCCCCUCAUCUCAUGCCUUCUCCCUUCCUGGUGGAUGUGGACGGCAACCCUCAUCCUCCCAGAUACCAAAGACUGGUCCCAGGAAGAGAAAACAUUGCAGAUGAACACCUUGUUCCUCAACUGGGCUAUGUUGCUAUGAGUGAUGGUGAGGUGGUGGAGCAGGUGAUCAGUCAGCAGCCUGUGGAAAGCGAGGAGCCUCGCCACAGCGCCUUGGAUUACGCAAUCCGCCAGCUUCAGGAACAUCAGGAAAGACAGGCUGCAGCUCAGGUGGAGGGUGCUGGUCUUGCCCUUGCCAAUGUGCCGGAGCCUGGAACACCACGCAGAGUGUCAUUGAACGAGCGCAUGGAGGUGCAGUCUCCUCCUAACGUGGGUUUACGGCGAAGUGGACAGGUUGAGGGAGUGCGGCAGAUGCAUCAGAAUGCUCCUCGCAGUCAGAUGGCCACAGAAAGAGACCUUCAGGCCUGGAGACGCCGGGUGGUCGUGCCAGAACUUACAGUGAGCGGAUACAGGGCACAGGAGUCAUUCAGAUCAGCCAAGGGCGAUGAGGAGGUUACCCUUUACAACAAAAAGAAACGGAGAGUGACCCACACAAGCUUCAGGGAUGAUUCGGAUGAAGAAGGGCCAUGCGUCAAACGUACUCAGUCACGCAAACGGCAGAAAAACUCGGAGCAUAAAGAGAGUCUGGCUGAAGAGUACAUGGAGUUCUCAUGUGAGGAGGGGGAGGAGACAGCAUCUUCUGAGGACAGUGAAAUGGAGGGAAGUGAUGCUGAUUUAUCAGUUGAGGAUGAAGAGGAAUGGAACAGUGAUGGUUCAAGCCACUCCUCCAGUGAUUAUUCCGACUGGACAGCAGACGCAAGAAUCCGUGUGCAGCCGCCGCCGGCGGCGUCUUCCUCCCGAAGGCGUGCUUGCCGCAGGAUCAGCAGUUCUGAGGAAGAGGAGGAGGAUGUUGAAGAUGCAGCUGAUGAAGAGCAAACUCUUGAUGAAGAGGAGCAGAUGUCUUCACCCCGAACGCACAAGAAGUCCAAAAGCAAAACACCAAAGCGCCCAAAACCAAGGCCAUCCAUUAACAGAGAGAUUUCAAAUGAGUUCCGUCCCUCAGCGUGGAUCACUGAUGCCAUUCCCAGGAAGUCUCCCUUUGUCCCUCAAAUGGGAGACGAGGUCAUCUAUUUUCGUCAGGGUCAUGAGGCGUAUGUGGAUGCGGUCUGUAGGAGUAGCCUGUACCCCAUUAACCUAGACAAACAGCCAUGGAAGAAGAUGGAGUUAAGAGACCAAGAGUUUGUGAAAAUAACAGGGAUCAAGUAUGAAGUGUGCCCUCCAACAUUGUGUUGUUUGAAACUGACCCAGAUCGACCCUGGAACAGGCAAAAUAACAGACAGAUCCUUCUCAAUAAAAUACCACGAUAUGCCAGAUGUAAUUGAUUUCCUGGUGCUGCAUCAAAGCUACGACGAGGCACGGAACAGAGUGUGGAGGCCAAAUGUCCGCUUUCGCUCUAUGAUCGAUGAUGCCUGGUGGUUUGGGACCAUAAUUUGUCAGGAGCCCUAUCAGCCUGAGUAUCCUGACAGCCAUUUCCAAUGCUUCAAAGUCAAAUGGGACAAUGGUGAGACAGAGAAGCUGAGUCCAUGGGAUGUGGAAUCUAUUCCUGAAAAUGCUCAACAGCCAGAGUCGGAGGGUGCAGGGGUGCCGGCGACGGAUGAGGAGAUGAUUGAAAUCCUGUAUAAACCUCAGGGGGCUGAAUGGGGCGAUCGGGGACGAGAGGCAGAGAGUGCACGCAUCAUUGCAGGCAUUGAACAGCUCACCACUGUCGAUAUCACUGCACCUUUCUCUGGUCCAGUGGACCUUGUUCAGUAUCCUACAUACUGUACCAUCAUUGCAUAUCCUACAGACCUGAACACCAUCAAACUGCGGCUAAAGCACAACUUCUACAGGAGGCUGUCUGCGCUGAUCUGGGAUGUAAAACACAUUGAACAAAAUGCCAAGACCUUCAAUGAGCCCCGCAGCAAGAUUGCACAAUCUGCCAAAAUCAUAACAAAUGUUCUCUUGAAGUUCAUAAGUAAACCUCACUGUACAGAUAUUAUGGAGAUCUACAAUGCUGUAGAAAACAUGGAGUACUCUGAUGAUGAGGACCUGGAUGACAUUGAUGCACCUGGAACCUCUGCAAGACAAAGACUUCGUCAGCCCACACUUGAGGUUGUGCAUGACAGGGACGCAUGGAAGGGCCACUGCAAGCAUCUCUUGGACUAUAUGUUUGAGUGUGAGGACUCUGAGCCUUUCCGGGAUGCCGUAGAUCAGACCGAAUAUCCGGACUAUUUGGAUAUUAUCGAUACACCCAUGGACCUUGGAACUGUUCAGCAGAAGCUUGAAGACAACCACUACGAAAAUCCCACAGACCUUUGCAAGGACACCAGGCUUAUUUUUGCCAAUGCUAAAGCCUACACACCAAACAAACGGUCAAAGAUUUAUAGUAUGACUUUGCGACUCUCAGCGUUUUUUGAGGAGAGUAUACGAAAAAUCAUUUCUGACUACAAGACUGCUGUCAAAAGUAGCUCAAAGCUGCGGCGCAGUCAGCGAUUCAGGAAGUUGCAGCAUCAGGAGUCGGCUUCCUCCAGCCAACAAUCCAAGCAUCAAAAGAGGGCUACUGUUAAAAAUCAGGAAAAUACAGAACAGUCUAUUACUAAAUCUACCUCAGCCAAAGUGUCUGCACCAGAGCGCCGCAGAGGCAAUGAAUCCAAGAAUGGCUUCAGACGGAGCAGCUCAUCUUCAUCUGGGUCGGAUCGUGACAGCAAACAGUCUUUGAGUGAGUCUGAAGAGGACAAGCUGCCCUCGUCUCGUGGUUUCAUGCGAGAGACUAGAGCUACAAGAAGAGCUGCACAGAAUAAAGGAGCAAAACACAGACACAAGAGCCAUUCUAAGGUUAAUGGGCACAGCAGAUCGUCAGUCCAAGAGCGUCAGAGAGCACGACCAAGUAGCGACUCGGAGCAGGAUCCAUCGCAAGGCUCAGAGGCCUCCGAGAUAGAGUCAUCGUCUUCUGUCAGUCGUCGGCCAAGGGCCCGCAAGACUGCCAUGGCAGCAGUCAAUAAGAUAAAACUCAUGGAAACCCUGGAGAAUGAGGACAUCUCGGAUGAGGUGGGCCGUAGAAGCAUGGUACAACACGUGACCCGCACUAGCAAACGUACUGCUGUCCUUCAGAGCAGUUCUGAAUCUGAGCAACAGAACACUUCACAGGAGGAAUCAAAUGAAAGUGAUGCUUCAGCCAGCGAUGAGGAGAAAAGUGAUGUCAGCGCUGCCAGUGAAUUCUCAUCUCAUGGCAAAGACCAGAUUAAAAUAGCUGGCCGUAAAUCAUGUAGAAGAGCAGAGAAAAAGGGAACAAAUGAAAGUGAUGUUUCAGCCAGUGAAGAAGAGAAAAGUGAUGUCAGUGCUGCCAGUGAAUUCUCUUCUCAUGGCAAAGACAAGACUAAAAGAGCUGGCCGUAAAUCAUGUAGAAGAGCAGAGAUAAAGGAAAUUACUUUCAUUAAUGGACACAGUAACAAAUGCCAACGUGAGAAAAGAGAGUACAACUCAGAUGAUGGGCAGAGUCGAAAUGAAAGUUUGGAUGAAGAGUCAGAGGAAGACCUCAUUGUCAGGCGAAAACCCACCAGGAUGACGGCAAAAGCCGCUUUCAGUAAAAUAAAAAAACUGAAUCACAGUGAUGCAGAGGAAGAAAAUUGCUCCAGGGAGCAAAAUCAGAAACAUCAGCCAAGCAAGCAGGAUUCCGAUAGAAGUUCUGAUGAGGAUGUUGAGGUGCCAAAUGCAAAAAAGCACCCUCAUCAAAAUGGAAGGAGGAUGUAUGUCAAAGAACUGAAGAGGAGUAAAUUGCCACCAGAAAGCCAAGAACAAGCUUCUGCCUCAAAACUGCAAGUCAUCCACAAGAAAACCUUAGCCACAGAUGCAUUGACGCCAACAACCCAGGAAUCUGAGGAACUUGCCGACGUUCCAGUGAAAUCUGUUGCACACAGGAAGAGAAUGAAAUUGAGAGAUGAUGAUGAUGAAGAGAAUCAAGGAGAUAAUGCAGAGGAAAGAAGGUCAUGCAGAAACAGAAAGUGGGCAUCAAACUCUCAGAAAAAGAUGCAGGAUGCAAGGUCAGAUGCUUCAAGUUCAGAGAGCAUAGAGAAUGUAGACAGAAGUCAGAGGAAAAAGGACGGAACUUCCUCUGAUGACCUGCAACAGAGCGAUGACACGGAACAACACAAGAAAACAUAUCCAAGGAGGCGUUGCCUUACAGCUGCAUCCAAAAGAGUCUGUCUCAGAGCUCUUCCCAAGAAAAACUACAUCAUGGAGGACUCAGAUGAAGACUUAAAUUCAGAAAUGGAAAUCCAAUCAAAGAAUGGAAUGGGCAAGAAGCGGGCUCGUGAAAGAGAACCAUCAAGGGACUCUUCCAAACGAAAACGGAUUGGUUCCUCAGAUUCUGAAGAAGACAAGAAAAGGACCACUGCUCAAAAUGAGUGCAUGGAACCUCAACGAAAGAGUUCAAAAUCCUUAGAGCGUUUAAAGAAUGAUUUAACAGACUCUGAGACAGAAACAUCAGAGAAUGGUCCGUCACGCAGCAGAUGGGAGAGAUGGUCAGAGGAGAAGCCUCCCAAGGCGACCUACCAACAAGAAGUGCGUUGUGACCCUAAACAGAAGCAAAGCUACAACAGCAACGAUGAUGGAAGCAGCCCUAAGAGUGAAGAGGAGGCAUCAGAAGAGUCUGGAUUGGAUCGCAGCUCAGAUUCACGGAGCAGUUUAAAGAGAAGUCUAAGAGAUCGCUCGAGAAAACGUCGGAGAGCUGUUUCUGACGAUGAUAGCGACACAUUGUUUGGGAAACCACCACGGGCCACUCGCAUCCGAACCAGAAACCGAGGCAAACGGACAGUUAAUUACCAAGACAGUGAAUGAAGGAAUUGGAAGGUCAAGCCAUGCAAGAGACAUUAACUGGAGACCUUGAAGACACUUGAUUGUCCCAAAAUAAUAAAUGGUAGUAGCACUGGAGUCCUCAAUAUACUGUGAAUCGGUUUCAUUCAGGGAUAUUUAUAUUUUCUAUGAAAAAUAAAAACAAACAGAGAAAUGAUUUAUAAAUAGAUGUACUUGACGUAAUGGUUUGGCUGUCCAAACCAGCCCCACUCUUUGAUUCGGCCAACAGGAAAGACUACAUAGAGAAUUGUUUUCUGCUUGGGUGCCAUCUUAAUAUACCUCCUGUUAAAUCAAGCAUAUUUUGCUGGCUUGCACUAAAAGGCACACUGUAAUGAGAUAUUUUAUACACUAGUUCUACAUUAGAAACUCAGGGGUCAACUUCGUUUACCAUAUUCUCAGACUUGCUUUUUUUCAGUUGUUGAAUUGUAGGUUUCUUGUGAGCAUUUAAGUCCAAACACACUUGAGCAAGUUAUUUUUGACUUUUACACUUAAAUUCUGUAUUGUCGAUGUUAAAGGGAUUCUUGAGCCAAAAUGUACAAAGUUUAAUUUUUGUCAUCCUUUUCUUAGGUUCCCAUUCAUUAGGUUGUAAUUACGUUUUUCAUCUUACGUUUGACAUCUUUCCAGAGGUUUCUGAGAAUCAUUUUGUAGCAAAGCAUUGCAUAUUUAAAUUUCUCUUUGUCAAGUAUUACUUUCUUUUUGUACUCAAUUUAAAUGCAUUGUCAUGCCAUGUACUAUGAAUUGAUGCCUAUUUGCUAAUUACAGUAAAUCAAAUUAGUACUUGAUUUCUCAUAUUGGGAAGAUGUUUUAGUGAUCUGUGUUGCAUACUUUCUGUAUUAAUUCCUUAACUUAUGAACAGCAAUUAACUUUUGUACCCAGUUUUUGAAUUGUUUAUUGCAGUCUAUGUAAUACAGUUGUUAAAUGGCAUUUUUGGUUAAUGUCAUUUUCAUAACAGCUCAUUAUUUAAUACAGGUUUUCACUGAAGAUGUUAAGCCUGUUGGCCAGUGAAAGAGUUGGCUUAGUGAAGUGAGAGAGGGAUGACUUCCUAUGAAUAAAGUACUGUUGCAAA